CGCUCAUUUACCUCAGGCGGCGCGCAUCCUCGGGAACUUCUGCCAUUAAAUAGCGUGUUUUAGACAUACCUAAAGUGAGUUUUCGAAAUAUACUAAUAGUAUUGUCUGACAAAAUACUGAAUUAUCAAGCACGAAAGAACGCAAAAGCAUGAAGACUAACGUUUGGAAUGUAAAGGAUAUUUUAAAUCUCCCAAUGAACUCUGGGAGUGCUAAACCGAGUAAAGGAGGAACCACCGGUGAGUACUCCAGCCUGCCUGACUCCCAGUUUCUGUUUGGCUCUCAAACCUGGCCUGAAAAUUCCCAAAGCUUUUCCCAGGAGAUAAGUGGACAGUCCAGAGGCUCUCAACAGGCCUCACAGGAGAUAAAUGAAAUGAAGGUGUCAGCCAACUAUCACUCCAAGCCUAUGCUGUUUGGUGAGAGCAGAGUAGCCAACAGUUCAGGUGGUAGAGCUAUGGGUAUAUUAGACAGAUUUGAAGAGGAAAAGAGAAAAGCCAAAGAGAUUGAAAUCCUUAUUGGAGUCCGAGAGCUGCAUGAAAGUCUGGAAAAUGUCAAGAAGACUUUUCUAAACUGCAUCGAUGGAAGCUGUGACAUAACCAGAGCAGCUGUGGCUGAAGAAAUGGAUAAUUUUAGAAAAACAAUUCAGGAUAAUUUUGCCACUAUAAAGGAGAGCAUAGCAAGUCAGACUGAACUUCUGAUGAGUCAGACACAGAGAGAGCUGAAGGACAAUGAGGCAAAGACAUUAUCAGCUCUAAAAGACUUGAGCUCAAUUGUGCUCACCCUCCAGCGGGAUUUGGAAUCACUGAAACUGGAACAAAGCAAGGAGAAGAGUCUGCUUGAACAGAUUUUGUCUCUGCUUGGCUCAAUAAUGACUGCUCACUCCACUGGAGCUCAUCCUGGCCUUGCCGAAAUGAUCGACAACACUGUUCAGACAUCACCUGCUUUGAUGGCACAGUUAUUUGUUGUUUCAAAUGAAGAGCGUUAUUAUGAAGGCAUGGAUGCUUUCAAUCACCCAGAAGUAAGAGUUGACCAAAGUAUUUGUCCUGUUAAAAAGACAAGUCCUAAGAAACUAAGCAGAGAAUUGUCUUUCCAGGUCAUGGGCACGCAACCUGUUGAGAAACAACGACUGGUUACUAAGAGGUCUGACGCUAAUGACUAUCAGAAGUCCUACCAUCUGUGCUCAGUUACAGCCAGUUCUCCAUGCCCAAUGGCUGCUAGCACUGUCACCAGUCUAGUGCAGGAUUCUAAGAGGAAUUAUAUAGCUGGAGGACCUGUGUACAUAGAUGCUGUAAAGUCAUUGAGUGACAUUAAUAAGGACCAGUCAGGAACAUGGAUUGAGGUGCCUAGAGAGAAAAAAGUGCUUAAGAGAGCACAGAGAUUUCAGACAUCCAGGAAAAAGAAGAGGGCCUUGAUUCUGCCACAGAGACGCUCAAAUCAAGGGACAGCUUUGAAUAAUGUGUUUAUGGAUAAUAAACAGGAUGAAAACAGGGUGCCUCAUUCAGUAGUCAGUGCCUUCCAGAAAGGCACCAAAACUGUGUCAGGAAACCAUCUACCACUGCAGCAGCAAAUCAGGACUACAUCGAUGAACACAAGUGAAUGUGGACAGCACCUAGAGCCUUGGUCAUGGUCUGAGAGCAGCAACAGCUCGCAGGUGAUUGUAGAAUACCAGGCAGCUGAAUGGGAGGCAGUGAAGCCUGUACAAAACACCAAUACUAUACAGAAACAGAGAGUUACCUGGCAGCUCUUUGACUUCAUCAGUGAUUCUGAUUGAUUUGGG